AUGUUUUUCUGUCAUCCACCUAAUUUCUCCUUUAGCAGUAUUCUUAUCUCUCUAUCUUUUCUUCCCUCUGUUAGUACUUCGAAAAAGACUGUUCUUCAACAGUGGUCUCUGCCCCAGAGGCAGACAGGAAAGGAUGGUCUUGUUCUCCAGGUGACGACAGCCUUCCUGUUGGUGUUCCUCUUGCUCCUGUCCUUUAUAUUCAUCUUCCAAAUCCAUCUUUUUCUGCUGGCCUUUGUCCACCUCCUGUUUCACCCUGGCUCGUUUGCUACUGGCAGUUUGAAUGGUAAACCUAAAAUAGCUUAG